GUUGAAGUCUCCACAUUGGACUUAAAAACCACUCCCUGCUCUCCUGCUCUUGUUUUCAAGUUGGAAACUGCUCACUGGUCUGCUGUUUGGAGAGAAAGCGAAUCUUCGGGCCAUCAUGGACGACGACUUUGACCGCCGCAUGGAGCUGAGGAGGCAGAGGAGAGAGCAAAUGCGGCUGGAGGCCGAGAAAAUGGGUUACACCGACGACGACGACGACGACGGGGAAGCGGCUCGUGAGCAAAGGCGACGUGCGAGGGAGGAGAGGAAGAAGAUGAGAGAAUCGGAAGAAUGCGGCGACGUGAUCAACGCCAACGAUGUGGCGGAGAGCAAGGCCUCCUGUUCCUCUGCCAUGAGUAUCGCGGUCGCAGAUGACGAGCAGGCUCUGGAGGAGCGCCUGGCCAAGAGGGAGGAGCGAAGGCAGAAGAGGAUGCAGGAGGCCAUCGAGAGGCAGAAGGAGUUGGACCCAAGCUUCGCCGCGGCCAACGGGAUCGACGGGUCGCCAGAAAACCAGGCGGACGUCGACGGAGGGAGGCUGAGAAAGGCAGAAGAGGAGGAGGAGGAGGAGAAACAAGUCCAGGAGGAGGUGACUGAUGAUGAUACAAAGGAAGAGGACAAGACUGAAGCUGAGGACGAGGAAGAGGCUGCUCCUGAUGUUGACAAGGAAGAAGAAAAACAGCAAAGGAUAAGGGAAGAAGAAGAGGAGGACCGUCAGCAGAAAGAAAUGGAGGAAAAGAGGAGGAUAGAGGAUGAAGAGAGGCAGAAAAAAGAGGAGAGGAAGAAGAGAGAAGAGGAGGAGAGACAGGAAAGGGAAAUGGAGGAGAGGAGGAAAAAGGAAGAGGAGGAAGAACAAAAGCGGGAGCUGGAGGAGAGACGCAGGAAAGAGGAGGAGGAGGCGGAGAAGCGAAAACGGGAGAUGGAGGAGGAGAAAAAACAGAGGGAGGAGCGAAAAAAAUGGGAGAUGGAGGAGGAGAAGAAGAGGAAAGAGGAGGAAGAAAAACGGCAGAAAGAAGCAGAGGAGAAAAACAAGGAGGAGGAGCAGAAGAGGAAAGAGAUGGAUGAGAGGAAAAAGAAAGAAGAAAACUGGAAAAGGGAAGCCGAGGAGAAGAAUAAGAAAGAUGAGGAGGAGAAACGCAAAAAGAGAGAGAUAGAGGAGAAGAAAAAGAAAGAUGAGAAUGGAACAGCCAAACAGAAUGGAGCACUCAUCGAGAAUAAACUGAAAAAGCCAGACAAGCUAUCCAGAAACGACGUUCCUUCAGUGGGGCCGGCAUUCUCGGCGCGCCAGGAGGCCGAGCGCCAGGAGGCCGAGCGCCAGGAGGCCGAGCGCCAGGAGGCCGAGCGCAAGCUGCAGCAGCUCCAGCGGCAGCGGCACGACGCCGAGAGCGAGGAGAUGGAGAAGAUGAAGCAGAAGCAGCACCACGCCGAGGCCGAGCUGGAGGAACUGAAGAGGAAGAGGGAGGAGAGGAGGAAGGUCCUCGGGGAGGAGGAGAAGCAGAGGAAACGACAGCUGGAGGACAAGAAGAGCAAAGAGCAGGAGGAGAGGAAGAGGAUGAAGGAGGAGAUCGAGAAGAGGAGAGCGGAGGCUGCAGAGAAGAAGAAGCAGCUGGGGCAAGAGCCGCUGAAGCCCUCGUUCACCAUCAGCCCCAAAGGUUCAUCCAAGAUUGGGGAGAAGGCGGAAUUCUUGAGCAAAUCGGCUCAGAAAAGCGUGAGAGCGACUCACGCACCCAUCGUCUCCAAGAUCGGCAGCAGACUAGAACAGUACGCCUCCGCCAUCCAGGGGAACAAAGAGGUGAAGUCACCCAAGCCUGUCAUGGAUGACAUCCCCUCAGGCGGCAUGCGCAGCAUCAAGAGCAUGUGGGAGAGCGGCAACGUCUCUGACAAUCAAGUAAAUAAGGAUUGCGCGUCUAUUAAGGGAAGCGUCGUCAGUCGGACAACGAAGCCUGCACAGGCCGAUAAGACGCCACCUGCGGCAUCAGAACCACCACCUGCGGCGGCGGUGGCGACGAAGGCUGCGGCAAGGCCUGAUAAAACCCAGCCCUCUGCACAACAACGCACUAAUGACGUGAAUAAGCAAAGCGAUGUCUGUAACAAGCGCAACAUGUGGGAGACCAAAAAGAGCUCGACGCCAGCCAAGGUGUUGGUUGGAGUCAAAAGCAAGUUUGCUUAAAAAUGCCAGCAAAUAUUCACUGCCUGCCUUCAAGCAUGCUGCCGAGCGAGGAUCACAUGACCAGGAUGAGCCACACUGUCCCGUUCAGCUGAAGAGUUCAAAAACAAAAGUAGCAACCAGUGCAAAAACCAUUUAGUUUAACCAGAGCGAACACCGUUAUCAGUCCAAGAGCUGAAGUGUUUGUCAACAUGUUUAAAUGUUUCCUCCCCUUUACGAAAUUGUGGGUUUUACGUUCACUUUUGUGAUUUUAUUGCAGUGGGCGCCCACUGCUCUCAUCGAGCUUACCAAAGCUAGUGAGGCUAGGCUAGAGGUCAAGCCACCGAGCUGAGCUGAAUACGUUUGUAAUUAAAUGGUUUUCUAGCAAUGGAUGAUAAUCAAAUACAAAACAAUAUACAAGAUUACAGUCUUGAAAAAGUAAACACCCGAAAGGUAAAGGCACUUGUUCGAAAAUGGCUUUUAAUAUCGCAGUGACGAAACACAAAAUCGCAACCCUAUGUCUAUUACUAGUAGUAUUAGUAUAAAUUGAUUGACAAAAGGUGAAACUCGGACCAGAAAAUGAUGCAAUUUAUGCUAAUGCUAAUCUGGUUGAAGCACCAUCGUGUUGCCAUGCAGAUAGCGUGUCGUUUUAAUUUCAAUAAAAAGGCUCACCUAAUUAAUUGAUAAUAACAAAACGGCUAAUUGUGUUAAUGCCGAGCGACUAACAUUUACGCUGAUACUAUUCCGCGUCAAAUGAGAAGCUUUUUAAAAUAUAUACUGUUGUUCAGUAUAUGUAUACAUCACGCUAAAUUGCUUUGAUCUCACUAACCUCCUGGUUGGUGGCGGCUCAAAUGUACCCAUUUUAAAGUUUUAGACCACUAAACAUACCCCAGGUCAAAUUGACCCAGCAAAAUUGUUGCUGUUCCCGAGAGACCAAUCUGACAAAAGGGUUCAUGAACAAACUGUACGCCUUUUUGAAAUAUCACCAAAGAUGUCAUGACAUGGCCUUGAAGCACGCACUACGCUUGGAUUUGUGCUAUACUGCUCUUAACCACUAGGGGAGCAUAUUUACAAGAUAUUUGGGGAUUGUUUUUGCUCUUGUAAUUUCUUAAUCAGUGUUUUAGUGAGGGGUUGUGUUGACAGCAAGGACGUGUAACAACAUACCCGAAGACCAAUAAAGUAUUGAAAUGUGUAUUUGACUGUACACUGCAGGUAGCUACAGUGGCUAUAAAAUAGUCUACACAUCUCUGUUCAAAUUUGCCAGGUUUUUGUAAUAUAAAAAAAAUAAAAAUAAUACACCAAGAUCAAUCAUACAAAAAAAACUUAACUCUUAACUCUCCUUUUUUAGUUUACAUCACGAAAACCUAGCAUUUAAACAGGGGUGUGUAGACUUUUUAUAUCCACUGUAUUUUUCUAUUUAUCCUGUGUUUACAAUAACACUGCAUUUUCAUUUUGCUUGCAGCAUGCACGGCAUUCCGAUUUAAAAUGUGUUCCUUUCGGGCUACGUCCACAUGAACACAGGUAUUAAUUAGUAAGUUAGUAGGAUUAGGCAAAACUACCAAAGUUAUUGAGCAAACAUGCAGGAAGAGUCCAAUUAAAUUUUGGUGUAGAUUUCUUUCUAAAUCAAGCUACCGUCCUCAGUUCAAUGGAGAUGCCAGCAGAUGGCGCUUAAGCAAUAUUUAAAUUAUGAGACAUGGCUUUGGCUUGAGCACAAAAAUAGUGAACAGGCGAGUUUUUCAGCAAAUAACGGAGGACGAGUUCCUAAAAAAAUGCAAAUAGACAAAUUCUUGAAUGCGAACAGUGAAUAUGUGGAGGGUCACUGUAUUCCAAACACAUUUUAAAAACAUUAGCCUUAAAAAUAAAUGGCGUAAAGAUGGAAAAAAAUGCACCGGAAGUGUGCAUGUAAAUCGUCUUUGCAACCUGUAAAAAUAGCAAUUGUCAACUAAUAAUGAGACCCCCGUCACUCAGCGGAGCAAAAACACACACGUGGCAAAAACCCUCUGUAAAUCCCACUAACAACCCAAGCUAACCUUACCUCCUCCCCGAAAUACAAAGACCGUAGUUCGUCAGUCGAGAUGUAACACUUCAACAUACUUCUUUGACAAUAAUUACUACUAUUGUAUUACCCAGGGCUUUGGUGCCAUCUUGUGGCAACUUCGGCCAUUACAGAAAAAACACAAAAAGUGAGGUUUUGUUUCGAAAAUCGCACUUCACUGUAUUUUUCAAAAAUACCUGUGUCCAUGUGGACAUAGCCUCAAUCCGCAGAGCACGUGAGUGAGUCCUGACAAUGUUGUUUUGGAUGUAGCUUAGUUUUAUUUUCAGCAAUAAAAAAACAAACAAA